AUGAAGCUCGAUACGGCCGCCCUCCGAUAUCUGAAUGACGACGAUUGGCGAGUCCUUGCAGCAGUCGAGCAAGGAAGCAAGAAUCAUGAGGUCGUUCCAACACCGCUGAUAGCGUCAAUUGCUCAUCUUCGUGGAGGGAAUGACGGCUACCGUCUCACAUACGGUGGUUUUGAUUACCUCUCCCUGAACAACCAUCGGAGAAGCAACACCAUUUUCAGCGUUGGGAAUCAGAUCGGCGUUGGCAAAGAGGCAGAUGUCUACAUCACUGCAUCGCCAGAUGGAGAGCAAAUGGCGCUCAAGCUACAUCGACUUGGUCGUAUCUCCUUCCGCACUGUCAAGGCCAACCGUGAUUAUCUGCGCAACCGACACGCCGGAUCGUGGAUGUAUCUCUCCCAGCUCGCAGCGCAAAAGGAGUACUCGUUCAUGGUCGUUCUGCACCGCGAAGGCUUUCCCGUCCCGAGGCCGAUCGCUUGGAGCCGUCAUACAGUAGUGAUGGAGUUCAUCGAUUCAUUUCCCCUGCGAGGGAUCGAAAGCAUACCGGACCCUGGCAAGCUCUACGCCGAGCUCAUGGACAUGAUUGUACAGCUGGCGAAGCGAGGACUGAUUCAUGGUGAUUUCAACGAGUUCAACAUUCUGAUCAAGGAGAAGACGAUCGGUGAGAAGAUCGAGCUCCAGCCAGUCUUGAUCGACUUCCCGCAGACGGUCAGCACAAAUCAUGCGAACGCCCAGUGGUACUUCGAUCGAGAUGUGGAGUGCAUCAGGAGAUACUUUGAGCGCAAGUUCAAGUAUACCUCGGAUGCGCGUGGUCCCUCUUUCAAAGACGCCGUGAAGGGAGCCGAUCCUGCAAAACGGCUGGACGUGGAGUCUACGGGGGGCAUCAAAUCGGAAGCGGACGCGGACGUGGAUGAUGAUGAGGACGACGAUGAUGAGGAGGAGGAGGAGGAUGAUGAUGACGAGGACGAUGAAUUCGAAGAGGUUGCUGAGAACAACGCAGAUGCGCCAGACGGGGAGGAUGGCAAGGUGCAGCCCGGACUUGAGCAGAAAGAGGCGGCUUCUGUGGACGACGCGGAUCUGGUGAAAGAUGUAGAAGUACUCACAGUCGAAGACGACACAGAGGGCAAGCAGUUGAUGCCCGAGAAGUUUGGCUUCCAGCCUAUGGACUUACCCAGGGAGGCUGAUGUCGCCGCUGAGAAAGUUCGAUCGAAGAAGAAGGCCAGCGGAUGGGCUAUAUAG